AUGCCAUAUUUCAUCGAAAAAGAAAUAGGAGCAAAUAGUUUAAUUAGUGUUAUUUUAACAUGCCUUAUAUUUACUUCUUGUUUAGAUCCUUGCACAUUAUUUGUGGAUUUUUUACGAUUUCUCCAAUCUACACAGCCUACCACUGCUGCAUCUUCAUCUGGAACAAGUGUUCCAUAUGCAGCUGCAUUGAGUGUUCCAUCUACAUCGGCUGCAACUGUUGUAUCUGCAGCUGCUACAAGCAUUCCACCUUUACAACCUUCUUCACAACCUUCACAACCUUCUGCUGUUCCACAACCUUUACAAGUUGAACCUUCUGCUGAGCUUACAUAUCAAGUCUAUCGAAGAUAUAGGUCCCAGCAUCCUGGACCCACCAGCAACCGUUCCUUUUUGCGGUGGGUUGAAUUAGGAGGGCAGGAUGAUGAGUUGUUUAGAUGGCCCUAUCAUCCUCCUAACAGGAAUGCUGGGAGCAAAAGCAGAAGGGGCAACGGUAGAGGUCGUGGCAGCAGAGGAGGUCGAAGACAAAGGCGGAAUGGUGGUGGUACGGUGGUGAAUGGUGGCAUUCACCACAAUUAUUAAAAAAAAGUAUUUUGCCUAGGCGCCACCAUUCCUUUGUAUAUACAAAAUAUAUAUUAUCAGCAA